CGAAGGAUAAAAGGCCCUUUUCAAUGAGUACAUUUCAGCACCUAAUACAGUCGUUCCUUCUUUGAUGAACUUUGGCCCUAACAUUUAGGUAAUAUUUCAUCAGUAUUUCGUCGCAGAAAAUGUCGCAAAGCGAUCACGAGGAGGAUGAAAGUGAAGUUUAUGAAGUGAUCGAGACUCCGGGAUCGAGAAAUUUAGUAGAACAACUGAUCACUAUGGACUUAGCAGGGCGACCAGUUGUUCAACAAAUUAGUAUCGGGGGAAUUUCGGGCUGGUUUGCUGGGUAUGUGUGUAAAAGAGUUGGUAAACUAACACUGUCUGCCAUUGGAGGAGGAAUACUUCUAAUACAGGUUGCUCACAGAGCUGGUUACAUCAACAUUAACUGGAAGAGAAUGGAAAAGGAUGUAGAUAAAAUUACUACAAAGGUUAAAAAGGAAGUAAAAAAGAUGAAACAAAAUGAGGAAGAAAUUGAAAAGGGAGUUAUUGCUCUUGCAAACAGGGGCUACAGAUAUGUAAAACGGAAUACAGCUGCAGCAACAGGCUUUGCUGGUGGUUUUCUCCUUGGCUUGACUUUAUAAUUAGUGGUACUCAAAACAAAAGCUUGUGUUAAACACGAAAUUAUUCUCACUAUGUCCUCAGUCAUUGUGUGUGAACAGUGCAUAAAUUAACUGAAACAGUAUUUUGGUUGAAGUAACUUAAAAAGAAUUUUUUAAAAUAUUACUAAUGACUUUUUCAUAAAUUCUCAAAAACUCUUGUCCAACUUCAGGUAAAAACUGUUAAUCUUUCACCCCUGAGAGUGAUAAGCAUCUAAUUUCUUUUACCAGUAUCACCCCUAAAUCAAACAUUAAGGUCAUGAGAAUAUAGGAAAUGAUCACAAGGUCAAGAAGCUAUUGAUUAUUAAGCAAAUUCUCCUUGUCAGGAAAAUGGA